AUGUCGUCCGUGAAGAAGGCGCCGGCACUCGAGCAUGGCCCAGCGAAUGCCUUUGAAAAGAUACUGAUGUCGCACCCGGUCUACGAGGCUCAGCUCUCGUUCUGGCGUACGGUCAUCUCUAUAUUCUUCCGUGAGAUCAGGCCCCGCGGGGCGUUCAACAUUCCUAAGGAGGGUCCCGUCAUCUUCGUCGGCGCGCCACACCACAACCAGUUUCUCGAUCCUCUUCUGCUGUCGAUCAAUGUGCACAAAGAGACUAGAAGGAAGGUCAACUUCCUCACCGCGGCAAAGUCUUUGACGAGGCCAGAGAUUCGCUACUUCGCCCAGAUGAUGGGCUCCAUUCCCGUCGCCCGCGCUGCCGAUUAUGCCAAAGCCGGCAAAGGACGCGUAUCCUUGUCCCCAGAAGACGCGACGCUGAUCAUUGGCCAUGGCACCGCUUUCACCGAGGAGUUUGGCCCGCGUUCGCAAAUUAUGCUCCCUAAAUCCGUCGGCUCUUGCCUGGCCGAAGUGGCCGAGGUCCUCUCCGACACCGAGCUCAGGCUGAAGAAGGAGUUCGGCGGCGAGAGUGGCAAGACUACCGGUCGAGUGCGCGAGAAGCUGAGGGAGGUCGAGGCCGAGGGUACGACCGGCUUGGACUACAAGACGCUCCCAUACGUCGACCAGGCGGACAUGUACAAGACGGUGUACCAAGAGCUGAAGGAGGGCAACUGCCUCGGUAUCUUCCCGGAGGGCGGUAGUCAUGAUCGCACCGACCUGCUCCCUCUCAAGGCUGGUGUCUCCAUUAUGGCCCUCGGCGCAAUGGCCAACGACCCUAAUUGCAAAGUCCGCAUCGUGCCCGUCGGGUUGUCAUAUUUCCAUCCACACAAGUUCCGCUCGCGUGCUGUUGUUGAGUUCGGCACCGCCAUGGACGUCCCGCCCGAGCUCGUCGAUAUGUUCAAGCAGGGCGGAUCUUCCAAGCGCGAUGCUGUCGCGAAGCUACUCGACAUCAUCUACGACUCGCUCAAAGCUGUUACCGUGCGCGCUCCCGACUACGAGACACUCAUGGUCUGCCAGGCCGCGCGUCGGCUGUACCGUUCGCCUGGCCAGAACCUUACGCUGGGCCAGGUCGUCGAGCUCAACAAACGUUUCAUUGCGGGCUACACACACUUCCGGGACGAACCGCGCGUACAGGCGCUGAAGGAGAAGGUGCUCAAGUACAAUCGCCUCGUACACGACCUGGGCCUACGUGACCACCAAGUUCCAGGUGCUCGUAAGAGCAGCUGGAAGACGCUCGGCCUUCUCCUCUACCGUGUCGGUCUGCUUAGCGUCUGGAGUGUGCUUGCUCUGCCAGGUGUCAUCAUCAAUGGUCCCAUCUUCCUGACGGCUAGCAUCCUUUCACGAAAGAAGGCCAAGGAGGCGUUGGCUGCGAGCGUGGUCAAGGUUGAGGGCCGCGACGUGAUAGCGACAUGGAAGGUUCUCAUCUCGCUCGGCCUCACACCCGUCCUAUACGUCCUAUACGCCAUCAUUGCUACAAUCGUUGCAGCCAAAGCCGGUGCCCCACUUCGCUGGCGCAUAUGGACACCCAUCCUUGUCAUGACCGCCCUGCCGAUGAUCGGAUUUGGUGCUCUCAAGUUCGGCGAGGCAGGCAUGGACGUCCUCAAAUCUCUACGUCCACUCGUUGUUGCAUUGGUGCCUGGACAGCAGCGUUCUCUAGACCGCGCAAAACAAAUGCGAGUCGAGCUGUCCAACGAGCUCAUCGAAGUCAUCAACGAGUUCGCGCCCAAAAUGUACAGGGACUUCGACCGCUGGCGCAUCCUUGUCCCACAGGCGCAGGUUCCGCCGUCUUCGGAGGCAGCGCCUGCUUCAGUUGGGACUGUUGAUGGACAGGCGGAACUGCUCACGCAUCCAAUGACUUGGCUCGAUGAGCACCUUUUCGGAUGGACGACGAGCGCCAGGCGCGGAACAAGUGCAUGGGCAGGGAGAGGUAGCGGCGAGGCGAGUCGCGCUCCGAGCCCGGGUCCAGGACACGAUAGUGAUGAUGAUCAUGAGCACGGAGACUACGAACAUGUACUAGGCAUCGUGCGGGCGCUCGCGGGUGGAGAGCGUAGCGGUAACCGGAGCCGGGUCGGGAGUUAUGCGGACUUGCAGAAGAUGAAAAGCAACGGGGUUAACGGAAUGAGCCCUGUUGAGGAUAAGGGCAAGUCGACUGCUUUGGGCGGCGGCGAAGAUCGUGAAACGCACAGGCGACAACGGAGACCAACGCUCACUGAUGGAGUGCCCGUUGUACGGAUUGGGAGUUUGGAACGGGGCGCGGGGUUCGACGAGUGCACGCGGCAGAUUAACGGCGAGAUCGAGGAACAGCGGAACUCUCCCAAGCACGAGAAGUCACCGCAGUGA